AUAAAUAGAACAGACCACACGACAGACCUGCUUGCAAAAUAAAUUAAAAAAAUAAAACAAAAACAACAGUAGACAGCAAAGAGUGGUUUAAGUUUUAAAGACAGCUGCAAAUUCAUUACAGAAACCUCUCAAUCUCGGACGGCGUCGAUACACCGCUGGAGGUCAUGGACACUGAGCUCCUGCACUCUGCUCAGGCAGAACACGGCUCACUUCUGCUCAGGCAGUUGGAGAGGAUGAGAGCCGCUGAGGAGCUCACGGACGUGGUGCUCCUCGCAGAGGGCAUUUCCUUUCCUUGCCACAAGGUGGUGCUGUCUGCAUUCAGCCCUUACUUCCAGGCCAUGUUUACAUGUGGUCUGAAGGAGACGCGGGGAGGAGAGAUACCUCUCAGAGACACUCCUGCUCACAGUCUGGACCUGUUACUGGGCUACAUGUACCGGGCUGAACUCCCACUUACCAAUGACAACAUCCAGGGAGUGGCUGCUGCUGCCUUCCUGCUCCAUGUAGACGGAGCCUUCAGAUUGUGUCAGAGCCACAUGGAGGCCUGUAUGGACCCUUCCAACUGUGUUGGUCUGUACCACUGGGCCCAAAACCUGGGGGCCACAGGUCUGGCUGACAAUGCCUACAGACACCUCUGCCAGCACUUCACACAGGUCUGUGAAGAAGAAGAAGUCCUGGACCUGGAUGCCCAGAGUCUUGGGGAUCUGCUGGGUUCAGACGACCUCAACAUUACACAGGAGGAGGUUGUCCUGGAGUUGGUGCUGCGUUGGGUGGAGAAGAGAAGAGGGGACUCUCCGAGUGAAGCUUGUGCUGUGGAGUUACUCAGGCGUGUGCGGCUGGAGCUUGUUAGCCCUGGAUUCCUCAGAAAAGCCAGGAGGAGAAACCCGGUAUUGCUGCGGGAUGCUGAGUGCUUCGGGAUGAUUGAUGCUGCUCUCCAGACCUCAGGUCUCUGUGAGACGGCAGUGCCGCCGCGUCCAGCUCUUCGCUACGGCAUGGAGGCCACUGACCUCCUGCUCUGUUUGGGCGGGGUUAAUAAGGAGGGAGUGCCUGCCCGCCGUGGAGGACUUGCUGACCUCAGCUUUUGCUUUGCCCCCCGUGGAAGAAAGACUUGCUACAUCCCGUCUCCACUGAGGGCCUGUGGAGGUGUGGGACAGAUCACGACAGGAGCGGUGACACGGGACAAUACCAUUGUGGUGGCCAUUGAAGCGGUUGACCAACACAGGGUGAAGAGGGUGGAUAUCUACAGGUACGAUCAUUCGGAGGAGAACAGCUGGGUGGAGUUGUGCUCGGUAGCGUACAGAGACAUGUACGCAUUGGGGCAGCUGGGCGAUGGUCUUUACAUGAUAGGCGGUCAGAUGAAACUGCACGGUCACUACGUCAUCACGGACAAUGUGCAGAGAUGGUCACUGAAACGAGGAGGCAGCUGGCUCAGCUUUGCCCCUCUGCCUCUUCCUUUAGCCUGCCACAGCGCUGUGAGUCUGAGGGAGCAUCUGUAUGUGCUCGGGGGCUGGACACCACAGGAUCAUCCCGAUGACGAGCCGGACAAGCUGAGUAACCGCAUAUUCCAGUUUGACCCAAGCAAGGACAGGUGGACAGAGUGUUCCAGGAUGAAGUACUCCAGGUACCGCUGCGGCACGGCUGUCCUCAAUGGAGAAAUCUACAUAUUAGGUGGUAUAGGAUGUGACGGAGAAGAUCGUGGUCAGUCACGUCGCUGCCUGAGCUCGGUGGAGAUCUAUAACCCAGACGCAGACACUUGGAGAGCGGGUCCGACCCUGCCCACGUCUCUGCUCUCCCUCCGAACCAACGCUUCUAAUGUGGGAGUGGUGGAGGGAAAGCUCUACCUCUGUGGACACUACAAGGGAGCAGGCCGUCAUGAGAUCAUCACCAAGGAGAUUUUGGAACUAGAUCCCGCGGACAAUGUGUGGACAGUGGUGGAAAGACGAGCAGCCAUGCAGGACAGCUAUGACGUCUGUCUUGUGGCUAACCUCAACCCUCGAAACCUCGUCACACGCUGAUGCUUCACCUCCCAACCUCUGAGCACCACUGCAAAGGCCAGGAUAUGUUGGAAAUAAGCGUCCGUCUGCUAAACCUCAUGCAGCGCGAUCCAAACUUGGCUCGACUGUGGAAUUUGAACACGUAUCAAUGACCAAACUGAAACAAUCUGGAUGUUCUCGUUGUUAAUCAACCAAACAAAAAAGCAAAACUUCAUGUGUUCUUUUAAGACUUAAGAGCAAAGAGCUUUCAUUUACAACCGUUGAAUCAACAAGAAACGUUUCUGUUGUGAACCAUUUUUUGGAAAUGAGAAAAGAUUUUUAGUUCUUUAAUUAAGAUUGGCGAAGGUUUUUUUUCAUUUUGUCAUCUGUCUGAGAAUAAUGACGUUGUAUGCUUUUGUUUUGGCUUCUAUGUUAGAUUUCCUGACUACAAUAAUCCAUCCACCCGGCAGGUGGGACAUAACAUGUUUUGAGGGAGGUUGCCGU